AUGCAUUUCGCCAGACUUCUCGCAGCGGCCUCCGCCACUCUCAUCCUGCCAACCAUCAUUGCAACACCUGUCUUGUCCCCAAUUGCUUCCGUCGGACUUGCUCGUCGGGGCGAGGUGCUUGCACGAGAGAACGCUGCUCAUGACCUGUAUCUGAAGGAUGAUGACGAUCACAAAAUCUGGGCUGAACUUGAAAAGGUCUUUAGCGUCAUUGAAGAAAUCCCUGACGAGGUCUUGGAGAAAGGCGACGACGAAACCGACAAAUGGUUGGUUGAGCAUGGCUACCGUGCCCAGCAUGAUAAAAGAGACCUGGAGGACCGUGACUUCUUCGAUGUAGCCAAGUGUGUGGCUGCUAUCACAGCAUUCAUUGGAUCUAACGCUAUCGCUGCCGCGAAAAUUCUUCGAAUCAAGAAGUACAUCGACAGCCUCGGCGGUAUCAGGAAGUCGGCGGAAUUGUUGUUGAAGGCGAGCAAUGCUGAGGAACGUCUGAAGUAUGGUGGUGAGACCUUAGCACUGUUGGCAGGAGAGAUCUUGGGUACUGCCAUCAUUGCGAACAACUGUUAA